AAAUGGCGAAGUCGAAGAACCACACGGCCCACAACCAGUCCUACAAAGCCCACAAGAACGGGAUCAAGAAGCCCCGGAGGCACAGACAGACCUCCACCAAGGGGAUGGAUCCAAAGUUUCUGAGGAACCAAAGGUACGCGAGGAAGCACAACAAGAAGAACGGAGCAUCGGGCUCUGAAGCUGAGGAGUAGAGCAUGGGAUAUAAGAUGGGGUUUCUUUUAGGAGUUUCAAACUAGAAUUUUGUUAUAAUUGCACCUUCAUAUUGUCUCUUGAAUUCCUGAGAACAUUGGAUAUGCUAGUGUCUUGAUUCAACAUUAUAUGCUUUAGCAGUUGACACUGUUAAUUUGUUUCAGGAACUAUGUUUGCCAGAUUUUAGGGACAUAAAUGGUCCAUGUAUUGUGCCAAUUGUCUCUUGCUUUCUUUUAUGAUCUAAUGAGACUGGAUUUCUAUUUUAAAGCUA